UUGGUUAUAAGUAUUUAUAAAUAAUACCAAAACAGAAGAAACUUCAGUGUUUCCAAAUAUUAUCAAAUAUACCAAUACCAAAGUUCUAAUGCCAGUAAUGACUAGUUUUUGUUUGUUUGUUUGUUAUUGACAGGAUUAAGCAUAAGAAAUGAAAAUAAGAAAAGUAUUAAAGGAAAAAAUUGUUUUAUUCAUGGUAAACAUUUGUAAAUGAAACUUCUUAACAAUGCUCUUUAUAUUAAUUUUUUUUAAUAAACUGGAACUUGAAUUAAGAUAAGGUAAAUGUGUAAAAUAGUAUAAUUGUUGGUAACAAUCCUUUCAAGAUAAGUACUUUAUAUAUUUUUUUUAUUUUACCACUUUAUAUUUUUUUAUAUUUUCCCUAGAAUAUAAAAUAUGAAUCAUCAUGAUCAUAUGCAUGACUAUAUUUUUUAGGAUUUUACUGAUGAAGAUAUGCUUCCACCAAUUACUGUACCAGUAAGACAGAGGCUGGAUUUGAGUACUGUGGCUGGAGCACCAAAUGCUGUGAAUAACCAAGAUCCACCACAGGUAUCCCAAAAUAACUCAGCAGGUACAAGAAGCACACUAUCAACAUCAAGAAGGAGAAGACUGUCAACACCAAGAAGGCCUAGAAGAAGUACAGCAAUCAGGAGUGGAACACAGGAGCAGGAAAAUAAUGCUGAGUUAAAUCAAUCAAGCAUCAUUGAUGUAACAGAAGAAACACCCCCAGUAAGUGUUAAUUUAGCAAGAUUAUUAUUAGGUCAUAUUUUACAGGUAUCCCAAAAUAACUCAGCAGGUACAAGAAGUACAUUAUCAACACCAAGAAGGAGAAGACUGUCAACACCAAGAAGGCCUCGAAGAAGUACAGCUAUCAGGAGUGGAACACAGGAGCAGGAAAAUAAUGCUGAGUUAAAUCAAUCAAGCAUCAUUGAUGUAACAGAAGAAACACCCCCAGAAGUGGUUGCAGCAGGAUAUCGCACUGCCACUGGCGACUCACCAACAGUUUUAUUUAGAACAUCAGCACCACUAAUGGUAGAUCAGAUGAAUACCCAUUCCAUAUCAAUUCCAAAUCAAACAAACUGUCUCAACAAAUCAUUGACAUAA